AUGAUGGUGUGCUGGAUUUUGACUGAGACUGUAUCCAUCAUCGUGGUACUCUCAUGGCUGGGCAUGAAUUUAUAUCUGUUUAUCGACACAUACUAUUGGUAUGAAGAAGAAGAGUCAUUCGUUUACACACGAGUUAUUCUGGGUUCGACCCUGGCAUGGGCACGAGCAUCUGCAGUAUGCCUGAAUUUUAACUGCAUGCUAGUUCUCCUACCUAUCAGUCGAAACCUUAUUUCAUUUGUGAGAAGAACAAGUAUUUGCUUCAGAGGACCGUGGAGGAGACAAUUAGACAAAAACCUCAAAUUCCACAAACUGGUGGCUUAUGGCAUAGCUGUUAAUGCAACCAUCCACAUUGUGGCACAUCUGUUCAACUUGGAGCGCUACCACUUGAGCCAGUCAGAGGGUGCUGGUGGACUUCUUGCUGCACUUUCCAAACUUGGCAACACCCCAAAUGAGAGCUACCUUAACCCCGUCAGGACCUUUCACACAAGCACGACCACUGUGUUGUUAACAACAAUCACAGGCAGUUCUGGCCUGGUGAUCUCUCUGGCUUUGGUCUUGAUCAUGACUUCCUCAACUGAGUUCAUCAGACAGUUCUCCUAUGAGUUGUUCUGGUACACACACCAUAUUUUCAUCAUCUUCUUUAUCAGUCUGGCUGCCCACGGGGCAGGUCGGAUUAUUCGAGGUCAAACUCCAGAGAGUCUCCUGCUGCACAAUGUCACCUUCUGUAGAGACCACUAUGCUGAGUGGCGUGCAACUGCCCUGUGCCCAGUGCCUCAAUUUUCUGGCAAAGAACCUUCGGCUUGGAAAUGGGUUUUGGGCCCUGUGGUCUUGUAUGCAUGUGAAAGAAUAAUUAGGUUCUGGAGAUUUCGACAAGAAGUUGUCAUUACCAAGGUAGUAAGCCAUCCAUCUGCAGUCCUAGAACUUCACAUGAAGAAGCGUGACUUUAAGAUGGCACCAGGACAAUAUAUCUUCAUCCAAUGCCCAUCCAUCUCUCCGCUGGAAUGGCACCCCUUUACCCUCACCUCUGCCCCCCAAGAGGACUUCUUCAGUGUGCACAUCCGGGCAGCAGGUGACUGGACAGAAGCUUUAUUGAAGGCCUUUGGGGCUGAGGGACAGGCUCCCAAGGUUCCCUCCAGCCUGCCAAGGCUGGCUGUGGAUGGGCCAUUUGGAGCUGCUUUGACAGACGUGUUCCACUAUCCUGUGAGUGUGUGCGUGGCAGCAGGAAUUGGAGUUACCCCCUUUGCCUCUCUCCUGAAAUCUAUAUGGUACAGAUGUUGUGAACCACAGAGCCAGCCGGUGCUGAGCAAGGUGUAUUUCUACUGGAUCUGCCGGGAUGCCAGGGCAUUUGAGUGGUUUGCUGAUCUCUUACUCUCACUGGAAACACGGAUGAGUGAGCAAGCGAAAACUCACUUUCUGAGCUAUCAUAUAUUUCUUACUGGCUGGGAUGAAAAUCAGGCUAUUCACAUUGCUUUGCACUGGGAUGAAAACACAGACGUAAUUACAGGCUUAAAGCAGAAAACUUUCUAUGGGAGACCCAACUGGAACAAUGAGUUCAAACAGAUUGCCUACAAUCACCCCAGCAGCAGCAUUGGAGUGUUCUUCUGUGGACCCAAAGCUAUGUCAAAGACACUUCAAAGAAUGUGCCGCUUAUAUUCGUCAGCUGACCCCCGGGGUGUUCAUUUUUAUUACAACAAGGAAAGCUUCUAG